AUGGGGCUCGCGUCCGGGGCCCCCGAGCCCGGCACUGCUGUCACCCUGCGGGUCUGUGCCGUGGGUACGUGCCCCGACGUGCCCGUAGUGCAGCUCUGGGGGUUGCUGGGCCAGCGCGGUGCUGAAUAUAUCCGCCUCCGCAGCGAGAUCCAAGCAGCGGCCGGGCCACGCCUGGUGAAUGCACCAGGCCCUGUGGGGCAGGUGGCUGGUGAGGCUGAGCUGCAUGCUGGAGACCUGGGCCUGGUGGAGCUGGCCGGGCUCUGGUACCGCUGCUGUGUGGUGAGUCGCCGUGGCUGGGACUACCGUGUGUUCCUGCUCGAUGAGGGCUGCACAGUGGUUGUGUCUCCCUACUACCUGGCACAGGGCUGUAAGGAGCAUUUCUGCCUUCCGCCUGAGGUGCUGGGCUGUGUUGUGGCUGAUCUGAUGCCGGCUGGAGGCCCUGUGGCGGCCGCCUGUGGGGAUGCGCCUGUCUCCACUUGGACAGCAGAAGCUAUGGAGUUCCUCAGUCACCUGCAUGGCAAGGAGGUGUCGGGUGUGGUGCGGGAGGUGAUGGUGCCACAGCAUCUCACCGUGCUGGAGCUGCCCCAGCUGGUGGCCCAGAUGCAUCACCUGGGCCUGGCCAGGCAGGUUACUCCUGGUUGGUUCUGCCAGGUGCUCAAGGACUGUCUAACUCAUGAGCAGUUAACAGACCAGCUCAAACCGCAGUCUUCUGCGCGUUCCCUCACAACUUCCACCAUGCCACAGCUUCUCCAAGUUUUCCACUUAUAUCAGCCAGCGUCACCUGCCUUGGACUACUUCUACCCACAGCUUCAGCUGGGUGUGACAGAGCCCGUCAUAGUGACCCACGUCUCCGACCCUCACCACGUCUACUGCCAGUUGCAGAGCUUGUCGAAGGAGAUCCAUCGGCUUUCUGAUACCAUGCGCCACAUUUAUGACAGGUGGGAGCAAGAUUUACAACCCAAAGUGGGCUCACCCUGUGCUGCGCGUGGUGUGGGGGGCUGCUGGUACCGAGCGCUCCUGCUGGAGGUCACCUCUGGGGAGCAGGACCAGCAAGUGGCUCACGUGUUCUUUGUGGACUAUGGCAGGAAGGAGACUGUGAUGGGAGCUAGCCUGCGCCACCUGCCCCUCGAGUGUUUUCGCAUGCCUGUGGUGACUUACCCGUGUGCUCUUCAGGGUGUCUCGGAUGGGGGUUGUGGCUGGUCCCUGUCGCAGAUCAAUGAGCUGAAAGCGUUGGUGCUGGGCAAAGGAGUGCGAGCUCGCAUCGAAGCCUUUAACUCCUUUGAGCAUCUCUAUAAUGUGAGCCUGUAUGGGGAAGGUGGCAUCAACUUGAACCACGUCUUUGGGGUGCAAGCUCGCUGCCUGGUCAGCAGCCACGUGCAGGUCAGCCAGACUGAGGCGGGGGAGCAGCUGGAGGUGGAAGAAUCCGCAGCUGGAGAACUGGAACUGCCACCGGGAGCCCCUCCUGUUGCUUUAACGCCCAGAGAUCUGGCCUCUGCUCCUUCAGUUGGCGUGCACCUGAAGCUGGGUGUGUUCCACGAUGUGCAGGUCUCCCAUCUCCGAGACCCGUCCGAGUUCUGGCUGCAGCUCCACGAGCAUCACCAGCUCUUCAGGCAGCUGAUGCAGAGCAUGUGGAAUUUUUACUCCAAUGCCACGCAGCUGGGUGAUGUCGUAUGGGACCUACAGCCUGGAUCCCUUUGUUGUGCCAGUGGAAAAGAGGGUGCCUUUUAUCGAGCAGUAAUCACCAGGGUUCUGGACAGUGGUGUAGAAAUACACCUGAUGGACAGAGGCAAUACUGAAACUGUAGACCGGGAUAAGGUAAAGGAGCUCCUUCCUCAGUUCAGGGAGCUGCCGGCUUUAGCUCUGAAGUGUUGUUUGGCAGAUGUCUCCCCUCUGAGGGGGACUUGGAGUGAAGACUCUGUGUCUGCCUUCAGAGAGAUUGUACUGAACAAGGGACUGAAGGUUCAUUUUCGCAGUGCACGGGGUGACAAAUACGUGGUUGAAAUUCUUGACCAGUCCCAACUGGGAGAGAAAAAUGUGGGUAAACUCAUGGCUCAGGGGGGGUAUGCUGAGCACCAGGGGUGUGAAAUGCCUGAGACUCCUCAAAAAUCAUCUGAUAAGGCUGCGAGGCAGGCCUCUCCUGCAGCGGGUGCUGGGGAAGAAAAACAAAUGAAUACAGCUAAAAAGCUCAGAGAAGAACCUGGUCUAAAGAAAAAUGAUAUUGCACUUAGUCCUGCAGCUGUGAUGGUCAAGGAGAGCCCUGUUGCAACCACUCACAGUUCUAAAAGUACUGAAUCUCUUCCUGCUCAGGUGUAUGAGGGCAAGGAAAACCUGCCCAUCUCUCACAGGCAGAGUUACCUGGAAAUGAGGCCGACUUUCUCUUACGGGGGUCAAUUGGAAGUGGGAAGUACAGUUAGUGUGGUUGUAUCGUGUGUUGAAAGUCCUGGUUAUUUUUGGUGUCAGUUAAGUAGAAAUUCUGAUGACUUCACUGUAUUAGUGGCUGAAAUUCAGGAGUACUGUGAAAAUUCAUCCCACCCCGAUACUUGGCCGAAUUCUGUAUGCUUAGCCCAGUACUCAGAGGAUGAAAAAUGGUACAGGGCUCUGAUUGUCAGCGAAGUUACUUCUGCAGAAAAAGUAGAAGUCAUAUAUGUUGACUAUGGCAACAGAGAGUGGGUGUCUCUAACGAGUCUCCGCUCAAUUCCUGAACACUUCCUCCAGUUAAAGGCUCAGGCUUUCAGGUGCAGCCUGUACAACUUAAUCCAGCCUAAUGGUCAGGACCCGUUUGUUUGGGAUGAAGCAGCAGUUCUGGCCUUUCGGGAGUUUGUUGAUGCCUCAUCGUGUCACUUUGAGCUGAGGUGCACAAUAUUUGCCUUGGCUUCUGUUAAUAAUAAGGAGCUCUUUAAUGUUGUAGAUUUAAUGACACCUUUCCAGAGUGCUUGCCAGUUUCUGACAGCCAGAGGUGUGGCCAGACCUCUGUCACCUCAAAAACCUCUGGCAUCCUGUGUUCAGCUCCAUUCAUUCUAUUUUUCCACGCACGAUAUCAAAAUUGGGAGUGAGGAAGAGGUUUUUGUUACUCACGUUGAUGAUCCGUGGACGUUUUACUGCCAACUUGAACGAUGUGCAGAUGUCUUAGCACAGCUUACCGAUAACAUCGGGCACCUCAGUGAAACAAUGACCAGCUUAGAAACUUUGCCAAAGUCUGGAGGCUUGUGUCUGGCAAGGUACACCGAUGGUAGCUGGUACAGGGGGGUAGUUACAACCACGAAACCGAACAAGGAAGUCUUUUUUGUGGAUUUUGGUAACACAGAGACAAUGGAGAAAGAUAAUCUGCUUCCUAUACCAAGUGAUGCUUAUGAUAUUUUGCUUUUGCCAAUGCAGGCCAUAAAGUGUUCCUUAUCUGACAUAGCCAACGUUCCCAAAGAAGCUACAGCGUGGUUUAAGCAAGCUGUCCUGGAAAGGCAAUUAAAAGCAAUAGUUGUAGCGAAGGAAUCCGAUGGUAAACUGCUGAUUGAGUUGUUUGAUGGUAAUACUCAGAUUAAUGCAAAACUGAAGGAGGGGUUAAGAUUAAGAAAUAAGGCAGGACUGAGUAGACAAGUAGAAAAUGAAACUUUGUGCUCUAAAGGUACAGAUGUGGAAAAGAGGAAUGGGCCUGCCGAGUCUUCUCUGAAUACAGGUAGGCCUCUUGAAAGAAAAAAAUGCAGAUCUGAAGCCUGGGGAGGAGAGGAGAGUAGCAAAAUGCACGUCAAGCCAGAAGGUGUAAGCCUUCGCCAGCCUUCUGCGAAGAGAAGACUGGCAGAUGAAUUACUGGAAGCUGAUGAGAAGUUGAGCAGUAGUGAAGGUGCUUUGUUAGAUAGAGUGGGGGAGGAAAAGCAGUCUGUGCCGUCUGUCGAGGUGGAUGCCCAGUCGGAUAAUAAGUCUGGAACCGAAGGCAGAUGUGUACGAGUUAGAAAUGUAUCUGACCUACCCCAGCAGAGCAUAACGCCAGCUCAUAAAGUGUUAACGUAUGUUUCUCACGUAAAUGAUCCUUCAGAUUUUUAUGUUCAACUCGCAAGCGAUGAGGCUCAGCUAAACAGCGUUUCAGAGCGCUUAAACAAUGAAACGCCAGCAAAGCACCCUUGUGGGCGACCCUUGCAAACCGGAGACUUGAUCAGUGCUGUUUAUUCCGAGGACACCCUGUGGUAUAGAGCUGUAGUAAAAGGGAAGACUUCCGACAAUUCGAUCAGCAUACAGUAUAUUGAUUAUGGUAAUACCGCAGUGAUCAGCGGUGAUCAAGCGCACAGGCUCCCUGAAGACUUAGCUUCGGUUCCAGCAAUGGCCAUUCACUGCUCUCUAGGUGGACUUAAAUGCAACAAAAGUACAGGCUGGACAGAGAAGGCGAUCGAGUACUUCACCAAGAGAACAAGUGAAGUGCUGCUCACGUGCAAAUUUGUAGAGAAGGCUGAGGAUAAAUGGGCAGUUACUCUCAGUGAUGAUCAAGGUAUAAUAACAGUCCAUUUAGUUGAUGAAAACCUUGCAAGAAGGGAAGGGUCUUACUCAACUGGAAUACUUGAUGGAAGAGAGAAUGGUGAUGUGAUAAAUACGUGCCAGCCUUUGCCUUCUCAGGCACAGAAUGAAAUUUCCAGUGUAAGUGAUAGUAAAUCAUUUAUCUGGAAGUUUCCCGAGGCAGGUCAGACCGUACAAAUUUAUGUCACGGUGGUAAAAGGUCCAGAAUAUUUUUGGUGUUGCAGUGCUGAUACAGAGAGCAUAAACUACGUAGAGGAAAAAAUAAAGGAAGCUGAAAACCUUGGGCUAAGCUCUCUGAACAAUUGCAUUAAAAGUGGUGAUAUUUGUCUAGCAAAGUACAGCCAGGAUGGGAAGUUCUACAGGGCCAAAGUCACCGGUGUAACAGAUGGCAACGUAGUUGUUAGACAUGUGGAUUAUGGAAGUGAGGAGACUGUUGGCUUGGAGAUGCUCAGGCAAAUUCCAUGUGAAUUGCUCAAAGUACCCAAUCAAGCGUUUGCUUGCUGCCUGUCAGGUUUCAAUUCCUCAGAGGGCUCAUGGCUUAGUGAAGCAAAAGAGAAGUUUUAUGAUAUGACUGUAGAAGUGCUACUAGAAGCUGAAGUAGUAGAAACUCAGGAGGAUAAAGCUUUUGAAGUCCCUCUGUCUGUUGUCAAGCUGGAAGCAUCUGGGAAGAGUAUUAAUGAAGAGAUGAAAGCUUUCUGGAAGGCUACUGUAGGAAGUGAUCACAAAGCUGUCCCAAACCUGGAGAGCCCCUUACAGAGAAGCAGCUGUUCAAGCAGCGAUACGGGUCCGUGCCUCAAAAGAGAAACUACUGUUGUUUGUGGACUAGCUCAGGAAGGAAGUGAAAGUGCUUCACUUCAUUCUGAAUGUUUCUUGGAUGUCACUUCUGGGAGUUCAAACGCUGUAGGAGCAAACACGUCGGUGGGAGCUGUUGAGUAUGUGCCUGGGAAGGCUGACAAUGGACCUGAAACAGCUGAGACUCAAAGCAGCUUUGACAAAGAGGUCCCUCUGCUUGAAGAAGAGCCCGCUGUCGAAGCAUUACCAGAAGCAGCGAGAAGCUGCAGUCUUCAUGUUUUGGGGAGUGGGAUGAAACCUGCGCUGCAGGAGCUGCCUGGAGCGCCACUCCUACAGGACGCUGAGCUGAAAGCAGAGCAGGCAGGUGGUGCUUCCCCAGGCAGCCUUUUCCUAGGGGGCAAACAAAAAGAGCUGCUGAGAUGGCCACUGCUCCAGGUACAGCCUCCUGCAGGUGAUGACACAGAGGCGUUGAUGGAACUGGAUCAGUUACAAAUGCACUCUUACGAUGAUUUAAGAGAGUUCCUACUGGAACUGGAUGCACUUUCAGUGUACUCCUCAGCUGAUGAAGAAAUGAAGGAAGCACUGGAAAGAGAGUCACCUGAAAUGCAGACUGCUGCUGGCACUGAAGCAAGAGAGAAAGCGUUGGAUCGGGACGCAUUUGAGCUGCCACUCUUGCACGAGGAGAUGGAGGAGUUGGCAGUUCUGAAAUCACUUGAAAUUUUACCCUCGCUUACCGAGAGGGACAACCUGGUGCCUUCGGUUAGCGAUGGAGGGAAGGCAGAGCUGUUUCCAUCUGACGUUCAGCUUGCUUUGGCAGAGAACGCAAAGGCACUGGAACUGGAUUUGUCAGAGGUUCGUAAAGCAGAAGCUUUGCAAGAAGGUUGGAUAGAAGUGGAGCCUCCCCUAAUGCUGCCUCUGUCUGAUGGUAGGCCUGAGAAACAGCUGGACCUAAAGACCCAUGACAUGCUGUCGAUGCUAGGCGCCGAGAUUGAGCAGCUGCUGGAGCUGGUGCUGCCUGAUGUGCAGCCUUCUCAGGAGGAUGGAGACGAGGACUCUUUAGAGCUGGAACACACUGCCCUGCAAAGUUCUGCAAAUAGCGGGAGUCAAUUUUCAUUUCUCACAAAAGACUUAACAAGCCAGAGGCCUGUUUGCACCAUAAAAUCAUGGGACUGCAAAGUUGAGAAACAUAAGGAGUGGCAAAAGAAGAAAGAUGACCGUUAUGUGGAAGAAUGGAUGAGAAAGGACUUGGAUGACCGUUACGUGGAAGAAUGGAUGAAAAAAGACUUGGCUGAAUCGUUUAGAGAAAGUGGAAGGGCACUUACACACGUGCAGUCUUCAGGCUGUAAACAUAUGGAUGAAGAAACGGGAAAAACGCAAAAUGCUAACUUGGCUGGUUGCAGUGCAGGUAAAGUCGAAUAUAUUUGUAACCUAAAAGGCUUUGCCGUUGGUUCAAAAUGCGUGGUGUGGACGUCCCUCAAAUGGUGUGAGGCUCGCAUUUUGGAGGUAUCUGAAAAAGGUACCAGGGUAUUGAAUCUCUCUACUGGCAGUGAGGAGAUCGUGGAUCCGGAGAACGUCUGGAACGUUAUUCCUGACCGGGCUGGCAGAUCACCCAUGGCAAUUAACCAUGCAGCAGAAAACACGCUUCCCUCACCAGAGGAAUCCUUACUUCAAGUUUUUGCAACUUGA